AUGUCGGAAGCCUACGAGCGCGAACGCCAGAACAACUCCCGUCUAGAGGAGCUCUCCAAUAAGGUGUCUACCCUUCGCGGUGUGACCGUCGGCAUCUACGACCAGGCCAGCUCCCAGGGCUUGAUCGACAACACGUCCGAUACCUUUACCACCAUGGGGACGCAGAUGAAGGGUUCGGCUGGACGGUUGACGCGCAUGGCCGCAUCGGGCAACAAAGUUGCCAUCCUGAAGUUGGCGGGUAUAGUCAUCGGGUCGUUCUUGGUGCUAUAUUAUGCUACCAAGCUGCUUUUCGGUUGGUGA